AUGUGCAAUGCUCUCUACAAUGCGCGCUCCGAGGCUGAGAGAGCGCAAGCGCACCAGACACUGCUGCCUCUGGUGCAAAACCCUCAGUGCAUGCCGCAGCUGCAGUUUGUGUUGGCGCACACGAGCAGUCCUCACGCCUUGAUUUUCGCUGCUACAGGUCUUAUGAAGCUCAUCACUUCGCACUGGACGUCAGUCUCCGACCAGCAGAAGGAAGAGAUGAGGAACUUCCUCCUCGAUUACUUGGCAAAGAACGGCCCUGACCUUUAUCGGAGCGCUCCCAUGGGAGUGUCGCCAGUGGUGAGGCUGCUUUGCAGAGUCAUCAAGCUGGCAUGGCUCGAGGGGCCUCAGCACCAGAUGAUUACCGGGAAAGUGGAUCAGUUUUUGCAGUCGUCGCCUUUGCACUGGGUGCUGGGCCUGGAGAUCUACACUGAUCUGACCACCGACAUGCAACCCACCAUCGGUCCUUCUAUGAGCAGGCACAGGCGCACAGCGCUGAGCUUUCGUGACACCGCUCUCCCGCCAAUUUUUACGAUUGCUAUACAAACGCUGCAGCAGUUGAGCACUGGUGCCAUCAAUGUUCCGGACAAGAAUGAUGAGCGCCGGCUUAGUAAACAGGUACUGAACCUCUCCUGCAACUGCUUGUCAUUCGACUUCAUGGGAACUAUCCCAGAUGAUACCUCCGAUGAGCAAGGAACGGUCAUGGUACCACACAGUUGGAGCAUGCUGCGGGACGACGGUAUUCCAAAGUUGUUCUUCGACAUGUAUUCAAGGAGCUGCAACUACCAGUGGAUGGAGUGUGCGCAGUUCUGUCUGCAAUUUCUCGUCCUGCUUGCAGCUUUGCGUCGAUCCUUUUUCCAGAAGGAGGAAGAUCGGACACGACUGUUGGCAAGCAUGAUGCAGGGGACGACAGCCAUACUGGCCUCGAAGAUGGGUUUGCAGGAGCAUAGCUGCUACCACGAAUUGUGCCGCCUGCUUGGAAAGAUCAAUGCAACGCAUCAGCUCAACGAGCUCUGCGCCAAUGAGCAGUUCCAGGCAUGGAUCGAGCAGGUGUAUGGCUUCACAAUGGACAGCCUGCGGCGUUGGGAAGUGAUGCCGAACUCCAAGCAUUACCUCUUGGGCUUUUGGGCCGCCAUGGUCAGUCCUGUCAUCCUUCUACAGGACAAGGCGCCGAAGGCCCUGGAGAGCUUCAUCCAGCAGGUGACGGUUGCUUACGUAGAAUCGCGCCUCUUUAUGGCAGAGGCGUCCGCAGACCCGGCUGCAUGUAACGACUGGGAUGACCCUUUGGAGGAUGAGGUACUGAGAGCGGAGCAGCUUGAAGUCCUUUCCAACCUGGGACGAUGCCGCUACCAGGACACGGCCCAGCACAUCAUGAAGCACUUUGAGGAGACCUCGAGGUUGGGACAGCAAGGUGUCAUGCCCCAACGGGUCUUUGAGAAGAAGAUGACGUGGCUGGUCUACAUGAUGGGAGCGCUGGUUGGCGGCCAUGCCUCAGCCAAGGCCAACCGGACAGAUACAGAGUGCGCACCCACGCAUGUGGUGAACGGUGAACUUGCUGGACGAAUAUUCCGUUUGGUGAACCUGACGGACCAGCAGAAGGAGACUUCGGAGGGCUUGGAGAUCGCGUACCUGUACUUCCUCGAGCAGUUCAGGAAGGUGUACAUAGGUGAGCACGCCAAGCAAGUGGUGCAGCAGCAGGUCAAUGAGCGCCUGGCCACCGUUCUUGGUCUCGAGGACGAGAAUGCUGUUUUGGGACUGCUCAUCAACAAAAUAGGCAACAAUCUCCAGCAGCGGUUUCAGCUGGAGACCGUGGUGAAGAAGACUCUCGCACUUUUUCACGAGCUUGCUGCUGGCAUCAACAUCGUGCACACAUCAGACCGGUCUCCACACCUCAUUGUCUCUGGCCGGCUGCUACUCAAGAACGACAUGGUCAAGUACAUCCUCAGCAACCAUGCUUCUCCACAAUUUGGAUUUCUGACUCACAGCUUGCAGUACGGCAAGUACCGAACGAUGUACUACCACACGUUGGGCAAGCUUCUCUUCAUGGACAUUAGAGAAAACAAGGAGGCCUUCGAGAAGUUUAUGGAACCUCAAGGCCACAUCCUGACAUCAUUGUGGCAGCAAAGCUGCCAAAAUCCGCAGCUGUUGCGACAGGAUUCGAUUAAGCCAGCAUUGGUUGGCCUUUGCCGAGACCUGCGCGGAAUUGGCCUUGCCUGCAGCAGCUGCGAGCCCUACUCGAUGCUUUUCGAUUGGCUGGUGGAUAACCCCAAGAAUCCGUCGGCGAACAGGGUCAACCUGUUCUCUCGAGCUCUUGAUGUUUGGUGGGAUGACCCAGAGGUUACAACUCCACUGCUAAAGUUCAUGGCCGAGUUCGUGCACAACAAGGCCCAGCGCAUAACCUUUGAUCAGUCCUCGCCGAACGGCAUCCUCCUCUUCAGGGAGGCCUCCGCCAUCCUGGUGACUUAUGGGACCCGAAUCCUCCAGCGAACCCAGUUUCGGGAUGUUUACAUCGAGAAAUACAAGGGCAUUGGCGUAUGUCUUGACAUGUUCUCCCACGCUCUUCACGGGAACUACACAAAUUUUGGAGUUUUUGAGCUGUACAGUGAUAACUCGCUCUCGAAUUCCAUGGCGCUGGCCUUGCGCCUUUGCUUAGCCAUCCCGCUGCAGGAGCUCAAUGCUUACCUGAAGGCCUUGAAGCCAUAUUAUUACUUCGUGGAGCUGGCAACCCGCGGUCACAUGUCGAAGGUCAUGGAACUGGACCCUGCCAUGCUCACGUCGCUCAUGCAGAGCGUGGAAGAAGGCCUCCUCUCCUUUGAGACCGGCGUGCAAAUGCAAAGCUGUGCCGUGGUAGACAACCUGAUCUCGUAUUUUCAUUCGCAGCUGACUGGCAAAAGCAGCCCAGAGCAGGACCGCGUGCGACGAUACCUGGCUGAGGCGCCUCAUUGCCUGCAGAAGAUCCUGCACCUGAUGUUCCAGCUCGUCAUGACAGGUGAGUUCAGCUCCAUGUGGUCAAUUAGCCGUCCUCUGCUGGGCUUGAUUCUUCUUCAUGAGCAGCACUUCUUGCAGUUGAAGGAGCAGCUCAUCAACCAGCAGAUCGAAGAGCGUCGUCCGAAGCUGCGCAGCUACUUCGAUGACCUCAUGGCCGGAGUGGAGAACAGCAUGAACACUAAGAACAAGGACCACUUCACACGGAACUUGUACAACUUUGCGCAGGUUGCGGAUUUCUCGGCUUGCCAUCCUUCCUUGCUCUGGUCCAAUCAUACAAAGCUUUGUUGA